UGCAGAAAGAAUAUGGACGCUGCGUGGAUAUUGGCCUUGUGGAUUCUCGGAAAAUCUGUUGGCGGCGUCUGGUUGCAACCCAUUGAUAGUUUAGACGAUGAAUUGCCUCUAUCCGACAUGGAUAUUCUUACCGAAAAUAAUCCUUUGGAAACUGAUGAAGGAGACCCUCUGAUUGAAGGAGAUAUGGUACUACCCAAGUUGCCCGAGGAUGAAGAAAACGAAAUUGAAGAUGAAUUACAAGAAAGAAAAGGACUGUUAAAUAUAUUAUCACUAUGGCCUAGUGGACGGAUAUCAUACAAUUUUCAUUCAUCUGUGAAUAAGCAGACGAGAGAAAGCAUUCGAUCCGCGAUGGACGACUGGGAAAAUAAGACAUGUCUGCGUUUUCAUGAAACUCUGUUCGACUUUUCUUAUAUUAGAUUUCGAACUGACACAAAAGGGUGUUGGUCCUUAGUCGGAAGGCAAAACCAGCCUUUUAGAGGUCAAGAUGUUUCAAUAGGUCCCGGAUGUGAAAGAAUUCCUGUCGUAGUCCACGAGAUAGGUCAUGCUCUUGGCAUGUUUCACGAACAGUCUCGCCUGGAUAGAGAUGGCUAUGUCACAAUUUUAUGGAAUAACAUACCUCCAGGAUUACAGUCGCAAUUCUCAACUGGCCUCGAUUAUCCUCGUGGAGUGGAAUAUGACUACACAUCAGUCAUGCAUUACAGUCCUAUGGCCUUCAGCAGCAAGCUGUUUGAGAGGAAUACUAUCGUAACAAAGAAUCCCCAUUACCAACGCCUCUUAGGGACAGGGAGAGUUAUUUCUUUUAGGGAUGCAAAACUAGUCAACAAGAUGUACUCCUGCAAUGCUUUCUGUCCCAACUUAUUCAAUGAUACGCAGCAAUGUCAAAACGGAGGUUAUCUUUCUCCGUACAGGGAAAACGGUAAGAACUGCCACUGCAUCUGCCCACCUGGCUCUACAGGACAAUACUGUGAGACAGUUUUCUCACGCAAUUAUUACGAGCCUCCCAUUUGUGGUGGUAAUGUAACGGAAGAGACAGAGAUUGAAACACCAGGGUAUCCAAAAAGAGAGCUUCCGAACGAUUCUUGCAGCUGGUGGAUACAGGCUCCUCCGAAAAAACGUGUGAUGGUGACCUUUAUGGACUUUAGUUUCUAUCCCCGUUUGGUCUCGAGGUCAAGCAAGUACAGGGGGAGAUGCCUACAGGAGAGAGUAGAAAUCAGAACAAGGAAUAUGGCCGAAGGAAACAUGUACUGCGGAGAAGACAUUAAGCAAGGAAUGAAUCUGGCAUCCAGCGGCCGACAAUUCAUGAUCAUCAUCACAACGAACAGCGGAAUCAAGACGACAAGAGGUUUAAAAGCUAAAGUCUCCUUCAUUGAUCAUUGAAGAAUUGUAGAAGUUGUUGUUCACCUUCAUCAUUUGUCAUUAGUCAAUAAAAAUAAUUUCUUAAUUA